CGUUCCCGUUCUAGGUCGAGACGGCCACAGUCCCACGUCCCACGCCCAGCCAACUCCCAGCCUGCAGCACCAUUAUCGGCACAGUCAGGCGAUCAUACGAAAUCGUCAUAGUAAAUCCUUCACAGAUUCUGACCACCUGUUCCUUUCCUGGGCCGACAGGUUUUUUUGGGGGUCAAGCUGUUUGUCCCAGCAAACUCGAUCAAGAAACCGUAGGGUACCAGAACAUUGAGCCCGCCGACGCAUGACAAUUCCUUCGGCUGUCACAGGAGGGUGGGCUUGUAAAGCGGCAAGGACUCACUUUGCGCGGUGAGAAUGGCGCUGCUCAACCAGCACUCGUGUCGUCCACCGGAUAGUCUGAGUAGGCCAAACGAUGACGAGGACGGUCAUUCUAAGAACGGCUACUUUUCCAUAACCCGUCGCGUAUGGCGACGGAGGAAGACUGCAUCCGAUGUGAUUGAAGAGGCACGCGCCUCACUCCAAAACCCGACUAGGCCGUUUACGCCGAUGGCAGAUCCGAGGAGGCGAAGCGAUUUGGUUCGAGACGAGGUUCCACGGACGAGAAGGUCUCCUAGAAGAUCUGUACUGAUUGCAAGGACACACAUUGGUCCUCCUGUAUGGCCACGAAAGCUGCAGCCAAUCUGCAGUUCUGGAUCAGAGGGAGGGACGGACAUCCCAGCGAUAACGUGUCCGGACGAGGACCUCAAUGGCGCCGACUGCCAGCCAGAUGAAUACCUUGACGACGGAGUAGAAGAGCAUAGAAAGGUGUCUGUACCAACACCUUCGCAAAAUUCUCCAGAACACUAUUUGGCUUCCGCGCAUAUGGACUGCCAGGAAGGCCCGGACUUGGGCAAUGACACUGAAUGGAGCAGCCUUAGGGAUUUGUUGCGGAAUAUGUUGCAAGCAACGGAGGCGGACUUUCGUACAUAUUAUGACGCAUUAUGGGCGGCGCUGAGUGCGGACGGGUGGUUUUCCCAGGGAGCAGAUCGAAAGAACGUCCGCAAGCGGAGGGAGCAUACGCUGCAGGCCAUCAUCGAAUGGAUGAACUCGACCGGAAAACCUGAAAACGCCGUCGCGGGGUGCUCCAUUGUGCUGAAGCUCACACGCAACGAACGGAUUUUGAAGUACGCCUGCAAGCUGCUCUAUAAAUUGAGUCAAAAUGAGCACAACGAUCCCAUUUUCAAGUCAUUCCCUGUCUUGGACACCCUCCCUGAAUUUCUUGCUACGACGGCUUAUCCAAGCGAUCAAGCAAAUUCUUCAUUGACGCCUGUGAAAUGCAAUCUCAUGCUGUUAGUCGUCGGGACUUUGAGAAAUGUCUCUGCUAGCGACGACAUUGCUAAAAGGAUAUCCGAAUUUGGUGGGGCGCGCGAACUCUGUGGGCUUAUAUGGGGAAUUAUGGAAGCCGAUCCCCGAGGACUACCCGAUGAAGUCUAUAAUGUGAUUAUCCAGCUCACAACGCAGACGACCGCAACGCUGCGCAACCUGUUAACUUCCCACGAGCAAUGCAAGAUUUUUCUGGACCAUACCAGGGAUGUGCGUCUGAUAAACAUCUUGAUUCGAGCUUUGGAUAACGAGUCUGGUCUGAGCGACUCCGAAGAUGUGAUCUUGAACAUAUGCCGAAUCCUGAGCAAACUAUCCCUGCAUCCGGAGUGCUUACCACAUCUUGGCGGACGCUCGAGCACACACUUCUUCCUCCAUAUCCUCAUCAAGUACCAAGCCGAAAAGCGCAAACCACAGGCUCUCCUGACACGAGUAUGUUUCAUUUUGGGCAACUUGACGAACAAACUCUCGGAGAACCACGCGCAUCUGCGCGCCGGAAUCGCGGACUUGGUCGCGCUAUUUGGAGUGUAUGCUUCGGUCGAAUUGGGAACCGAAACAGACGAAGCGGAUGAGGAUGAUCCGCAAGACGUCGGGCUACCGGAAAAUGAGGAAGUUUUGGUCAAGCUAAUCCGGUUAUUGGCCAACCUUGCCAUCGACGAGAAAGCCGGGAAGGCAAUUGUUGCGAUGAUUGAAAUAGAAGACCUGGUGCAUCUUUUACAUUGUAAACCUGUAGCACAGCAUUCAGAACUCGUCCUGAAUAUUGUUGGUGCGGUCGCCAAUUUCACAUACUAUCAUACUCCCGAGAACUGUAUAUUGAGGAUGAGGAUCAAUGUGGCGGAAGAAAUGAUCAAGUUUUUGCUUCAGCCAAAUCCGGAGAUGGUCGUAGAAGCAGCGCGCGUUCUCGCCAACUUGUCGCGAUAUCCCGACGUACGAUCCAUAAUGGCUCGGAAGAGGGGCACGGAAACCUUGACGAUUCUGCUGGACCACACAGAUCGAGAGGUUGUUCUCCAAGUAUGUGGGUGUCUGAUGAAUCUGGGAUCUGGAGCAACGUCAACGGACGAACACUCUGUGAUCGUUGUUGAGAACGGUGGCUUGAACAAACUGGUAGAGGUGAUAUUUCAUUCGUUAAACGGAUUCGACUAUCCUCUGGCAAUCUCUGCUUUGAAAACUUUAUAUAACUUGUGCUCGUCUGCGCCAGCAAGAAUAAUGAGUGAGGACGUGGUAAUGAAUUUAGAGUCAUCUAUCCUUGACGUGCUAGAGAAACAAGAUCAAAAGGAGCCUGACAACUCCGCAGAGCGUUUUGAUCUCGAUGAAGUCGCAGAUCAGCUGCUAAACGUUUUGGAAGAUAGGCGAAGGCCCGCCAAGGCAUUUGUCGGUGGGAUUAUUGCGGUUGAGGAUUGUGAAUAGUUAUGAAUCAAAUUUGAUGUACGUGUCCCUGACUGAACGGAAACAACCGACAAGUUCAUACCCAACAAACACAUUGAGGACGUGGAGCACUCUGCCAGCUAUUGUGUCCAUUCUACUGUAUUGUUUUUCCGUGCGUAGUAGAUGGACCGAAGGCAAGGGACAUACUGUCAAUGGGGAGGCGAAUUCAAAAUUCGACAGCGCGUCAUGGCCGAACUCCGCCCUAGGUACUGUACAGUACGUGGCCUCGGGACCCUGCUUCAAGUCCAUACCCAUUUAUAGUGUGCUUCUUAUAGUGUAUAGUGUAUAGUGUAUAUUGUAUAGUGUAUAGUGUACACUUAGAGUGUACUACGGAUACCCAGACAUCCUUAUGGAAGACGGGGUCACGAAU